AUGUUUCCUGCGCCGGACAGUACAAUCGAUCUAAAAAAAUUAUUCACUCCGCAAUUACCAAUUAUUGAGCAGCCAUGGCACAAAGAAGUCACCGACGAUUUGCGUUCUCAGCAACUUGUCAAAUAUGUGACAGCGAUCUGCCAGGUACUUGGUUCAGACCCAGUGCCUGAUCGGGUAUUGGUGUUGGUAGCAUGGUGUGCGCGUAUAGCGGAAGGAUCAGCGUUCGAUAGUGCCGAUGAUCAGGUAUGGACUUUUUGUGCAUUUCAUUGUGGCUACUCUCUUACCAACACUCUUAGAAGGGGCAGAAAUUAA